CACAAAAGAAACGUCUCUAACAACAAAAAGGAACAACAGCGGUUUUUUUUUAAUUCUAAUCAAAGAAUCUCUCUUUACAGUAUCUUCUGAUCAGUACUUAAAUCCGACAUGCCCGUUGUAGCCAUUGUUGAGAGGGACUGCCAUACAUCAAACCAUAUGGCAGAGAACACCAUAGCAAUGUGGAUUAGCAAUGAUGGAUCGCUGAACAGCACUGGCGUCCAUCAUGGACCGAGGUUCCCAAACCACAUGGCAUUCUACUGGGGCCACGCCGUAGAGGUCCUCUUCAAGGGCUGGCCAGGGAGGGACAAGGGCAUGUACGCACUAGCUCUUGUCUUUGUCUUCUUCCUUGCCCUCCUCGUCGAGUGCUUGACCUACACCAUGUUCGUCAAGCAUGGAUCCAACAAAGUUGCUGCCGGGCUUUUCAGGACUGGGCUCUACACGGUUAGGACCGGGAUGAAUUACAUGGUGAUGCUCGCAGUCAUCUCCUAUAACGGCGGCAUUUUUCUUGCAGCAGUUGCCGGCCACGCAGUGGGAUACUUGCUCUUUGGGAGUCGGGUUUUUAGGAGGAAAUCGACCAGCGGGUCUAGUCCGGGCAAGAAAUCAGCAAAUCUCCCUCCAUUAUGAGGGAGAUGCUACUGAGCGUUGGACUUGGUUAGUUGAUAUUGUCUAUCCCAGGAGAUCAUUGAAUAAAUCAAUUUGUAUGCCCUGAAAAAUUUUGGUUACUGGGAUUUAUGAAAUAAAUAUGAUUUUUUUUCACGA